AUGUACAUCUAUCUAUCUAUCUAUCUAUCUAUCUAUCUAUCUAUCUAUCUAUCUGUGGCGCUCCGUCGUAAACGGUCGAUCAGUGGAAUGUCCACGCCCAGUUUGUCUCCAGUGUUUCUCCAACCGGCCACACUCAAAUCGGACAGAGGCUGCAAGGGACAGACACGUGACCUGGAUAACAAACUUGGUUUAUAUGAUAAACUGGGUCUAUUAGUAAACGUAUCGAAACUGAAUCUAGAGGCCUGUCGUAUAAAGGAAGGAAGAAAGCCAGAGAAUAUCGACGCUUUCCAACCAAGAGCCAUUUUGUUGAAUGGGGAAGAUAUUGACCUUUUUUUUUUCCUUUUUUCUUUUCCCUGUUACUCCUUAAUAUCGAUUCUAUUUCAGAAAAUUUUCAGUCAUUUUGGCUAUCUAUCUAUCUAUCUAUCUAUCUAUCUAUCUAUCUAUCUAUCUAUCUUACUUUAUUCAAUAUCUAUCUAUUUAUCUAUCUAUCUAUCUAUGGCAGUCUGUUCAUAUCUAUCUAUCUAUCUAUCCUUAUUCAAUAUAUCUAUCUAUCUAUCUAUCUAUCUAUCUAUGGCAGUCUGUUCAUAUCUAUCUAUCUAUCUAUCUAUCUAUCUAUCCUUAUUCAAUAUAUCUAUCUAUCUAUCUAUCUAUCUAUCUAUCUAUCUAUCUAUCUAUCUAUGGCAGUCUGUUCAUAUCUAUUUGUCUAUCUAUCUAUCUAUCUAUCUAUCUAUCUAUCUAUCUAUCUAUCUAUCUAUCUAUCUAUCUAUCUAUCUAUUAUUAUCUAUCUUAUUUAUUCUAUCUAUCUAUCUAUCUAUCUAUCUAUCUAUCUAUCUAUCUAUCUAUGGCAGUCUGUUCAUAUCUAUCUAUCUAUCUAUCUAUCUAUCUAUCUAUAUAUCCUUAUUCUAUCUAUCUAUCUAUCUAUCUACCUUACUUUAUUCAAUAUCUAUCUAUCUAUCUAUCUAUCUAUCUAUCUAUCUAUCUAUGGCAGUCUGUUCAUAUCUAUCUAUCUAUCCUUAUUCAAUAUAUCUAUCUAUCUAUCUAUCUAUCUAUCUAUCUAUCUAUCUAUCUAUCUAUCAAAACGUUUCGCAAAAGUAA